UUAGACAUCAUUAGAACACUAUAGUUGGAGUUCAUUACAAGAUAAUUUGGAAAAAUUCAUAUAAUAUCCCAAUGUAUACGAACGGUAUACUCUCCUCUCUUUGUGGUAGAGCUUAGUAUUACAUCAGUUUAUUUUAGUAACUUUUCUCAAAGUAUUCCACAGUCUACCUUUUGGCACGGAGGAAUACUUAUUCGAAUACUAUGUGACUCAAGUUUACUUUUGGAAUACCUACAUUUUUCAUCCCGGGAUUCUAAGGGUGUUUUAUGUUCCGUGAACAUUUGGCGAACAUGGAACAUUUUUUCAGAACGUUAUUUAAAAAUUGGAACAUAAAACGUUAUGUGCCCACUGGAAUAACAGCAUUAACAGUGACUGAACUCAGGAAUUAAUUUUAAAAAUAUUAUUCACCUUUUGAUUUCAGAUUAGAAUUUGAGGAUUACUCUCGUAUUCCAGUAAAAUUGUAUGAAUGUAAAAAAGUAUUGUAAAUUUCGAAACACUUUCUGACAAGCUUAUUUAAUAGUUUGAACACUACAAUAUUAAAAAGUAUAAACAAAACCUGUGAUUCGAUAAUUAAGGAAGUAAUCCAAUUUCCGAGUUACUAGAAGAAGUUUUUGUUGUCUUCAUAUAGUUUCCUCUUAAAUAAUAUAAUUUUAAUAGUAAAACAAUAAAAUUUAAUUAACAUAAAGUUAAGGGAAAUUUAUAAUCACAUAUUGGAAAACAGUUUCAACUUUUUAUAUUUGUUUACUGAUUUUCAGAUUCUUUAUACUAUUCGCAAUUGGGAAGAUUUAGAUGCAGUAAUUUAUUCUACUUCGUUUAUUUCAAUUUUUAUAUUAGGUAUAAUCGAUAUAUUGCAUAUUGUUAUUAAAGAUGGAAAGGUAAUUGUUAAAAAGAUACCCCUUACUGUAAAUACUCACAUGGGAUUCCAUAUGAAAACCUUUAUUGAAUUUUAUGUUAAAUUUUUUUAAAUAAUUAAUUUUUAAUAUCAAUUUUUUUGAUUCUAUAAAUUAUUGCAAACCGUAAACCGAAAAUCAAGCUAUAUUUUUUUUUUUGAUUAAGAUAAAUAAAAUGUUUUUACAAAUCUCAUAUGAUUGGCGCCUUUGGUAUAAUGAACCACAGAUAAAACUACUUGAAAAGUUAUCAGAAGAAGGAAAAAGAAUUAAUUACAUAUACGCAGCUGCUUAUUGUGCUUCUGCUAUUAUUUAUACCCUUCUAGGAGUUACUCCAAUAAUUUAUCACUCGUUUAUUCUAAAAUCCAACAAAACGAUAGAUUCAUUCCUAGUACCAGAAGAGUAUUUAACUUUUAACAACGACUAUUAUUAUUGGAUGUUAAUAUAUAAUUUGCUAAUUUUAUAUGUGAAUUCUACAAUUUUUGUUUCUGCUUAUACAAUAUAUUUGUCACUUAUGCAACAUACUUGUGGACUUCUUGCCGCUGUUGGCAAUCGGUUUGAGAGGAUCGGAAGCAAGUAUAGCGGACUGAAAGAAAAACGUUAUAACGAACUAGUAUAUGAAGAAAUCUGCUUUUGCAUUCACAAGUACAACGAUGCAUUAACAUUUGCGGAUAGACUAAAUGAUGUAUAUUCUGUAUAUUUUUUCUUUAUUGUAGGAGUUAAUGCUGCAAUAAUAAUAUUUGUCGCAUCACAGAUUAUAAUUAAUUUGAACAAAAUCAACGAUGCUAUGAGGUGCGCAAACUUUGGAUUACUAAUGGUUGGUCUUUUCUACCUGAAUAGUUUUCCCGCUCAAAGAUUAAUGGAUCACAGUUACAUAAUCUCUGAAAAUGUGUAAAUCAUUUUUACAAAAAUAUUUUUUCUUAAUUUAUUCAUUUAUAACCUUCUGUCUAUUCAUGUACAAUAAUAAUAUUAAUUAUCUUUACAGAAUAUACCUUUACAAGAUCUUGUACAAGAAAAUGUAUACAUGAAUCCUGCAUAAAAACAUGUACAAGAACAUUUCAUUUCAAGUUCAUGACUAGGAAUGGUACAAGUUCAGCUAACAUUUUUUUGUACAAGAUCUUGUACAAAGAUUUUCAACAAGGAUAUAAGUUACAAAAGAAAAAUUAAUUUUAUUAGUUAUAACAGUUGUUGGUACGAAAUGCCAGAUGCACUCAGAAAAUCUCUUCUUGUUGUGUUCAUAAGAUCCUCUAAUCUGUGCAAAAUAAAUGUAGGAAAAGUUUGCGCAUUAUCCUUGCAAACGUUCGCCUCGGUUCUUCGAGUAACGGUUUCCGUAUGUACAAUGAUAUUGUCUAUUAGAUAAAUUGGCAAAUAAGUAAUAGGAUACAUUUUACAUAUAAAAUUAAUGACCAUAAUUAUAUAAUCAAACAUAAGAAUUAAGAAUAAUAUUUAUUAAACGAUAUUCUUUUACACAAACUUGUUUGAUUUCUCCUGCAAUUUCUUGUUCCUGAAUAAUAUAGGCCUGCAAUUAUAAACUUUUUCCGACCAAUGAAUAUGUAACUUCGAAGAGAAUUUUUGUACGACUGAACAUCCGAAAUAUGAUAUCGUCAGAUUUUUGAUAAAUGGCUAAAAUAUGAAAUAUUAAAAGCUUUAAUAUAGUUAAAGGCUGAACCCUGCUGGUUAAAAUUCAGGAAUUAGUCCGAAACAGUCUGGUUUAUGGUUACGUUUAUGUUACUAUUUUGCAAAUAUUUUUUUUUUACCUAAAAAUCUAAGAAAAUUGAAAACAUUCGAAAAAUUACCUUUUUUAAAACUGUAUGCUUCUUAUCUAUGUUGAUAUAAUUGAACAAUAUUUUUUAAAAAAAUUAUCAACUUUUACUUUUUUGCAAUUCAUCACCGGAGCUAAUCGUUCUUUUUUUUGUUCCACGACCCAAUUAUGCAGAAAAUGUUUUUUCGUCAGAAUAUAGUACCGCUACAUAAUUGAAAAAAAGCAAACAAAUAUAGAAUAAUUCUUCUUGAUAAUUAAAAAUUAUAUGAUGCUGUGGACAGUUGUGAUUUUUACAUUUAUUACUGCAGGUAAUGCUAACAAGUGUAUGUCUCAUAAUUUCGGACACGAUAAUAUUGCUUGUGUUUGCAAUGCGACAUACUGUGAUUUCAUUGAAGACAAAGGACCACCAGAAAAAUUUACUUAUCACUGGUACAUGAGCGAUAAAUUUGGCGAACGUAUGAAUUAUACAAAAGGCUAUAUGAAUAAAUUGAAGACAAAUGGUUCUAUAAUAUCCAUUAUUCGUGGAAUAAAAUAUCAGACAAUUAUGGGUUUUGGUGCAACUAUUACAGAUGCAGCUGCAAUUAAUAUUAGAAGUGUUAGCCUUUCCACUCAGGACAAUUUAAUUCACUCUUAUUUUGGAGAGAAAGGUAGCAGAUAUAGCUUUAGUCGAGUUCCCAUUGGAGGGACUGAUUUUUCUACAAGAAGAUAUUCUCUUGAUGAUGUAAAUAAUGACAAAACCCUUGAGCAUUUUGCACUUGCUCCCGAAGAUCUAUAUUAUAAAAUUCCUCUACUGCAAAAAUCGGCGUUACUGAAUCCAAAUUUAAAACUCAUUGCUGUUCCUUGGUCUGCACCAAAAUGGAUGAAAAUUCAGGAAUCUUUUUCAGGAUUUGGUGUAUUGCGACAAGAGUACUAUCAACUUUUUAGUGAUUAUAUGAUAAAAUUUUUGGAUGCAUACAAUAAAUUUGGCAUGGAAUUUUGGGGUCUUUCAAUAGGUAACGAACCGCAAAAUGCUCUAAAUCCAGUAACACACGAAAUGACAAUGGCAUGGACACCAUUUGGUGCAGCAAAAUUUAUUGGCAGAAAUUUGGGACCAUCUUUAAGUAACUCAGUACAUAAUAAAACUCGAAUACUAAUUCUUGAUGAUUCCCUUGAUUCAGUGUCUUGGUACGUGAAAAAAGUAAUGAAACAUCAAAUUGCCAAACCAUUUAUUAAGGGAACUGCUAUUCACUAUCAUUACACUACAAUAACAAGAAAAAAUGUUCUUGAUAAAAUUCACAAAAACUAUCCGGAUAAAUAUAUUCUCAUGACAGAAGCCUCUGAAUUUUUCAGAAAGAAAACAUGCUAUAAUUGUUGGGAUCAGUCAGUUAAUUAUAUUCUGGAAAUGUUUUCGUUCUUUAAACACUGGAUUGUUGGUUGGAUAAAUUUGAAUCCAGCCUUAAACAAAGAUGGAGGACCAAAUUUAUCAAAGAAGAAACACGGCACUUCAAUAAUUGUCGAUGCGAAAAACGAUCAGUUUUACAAGCUUCCUUUAUUUUACAUUAUUCAACAUUUUAGUCGAUUCAUACCGCCUGGAUCAGUUAGAAUACAUACAAGAAUUAAUUUGCAGCCACUGUUUGACGCUAUUCAAGUUCUUGCCUUCGAAACACCACAGAAAGAGACUGUUGUUGUGAUUUAUAACAAAAAUGGUUUAGCCUACAAGAUUGGAAUUGCCGAUGAAUAUGAAGGAUUCAUUAAUUUAGAUAUCACAGAAUUCUCUCUUAAUACAAUAAUAUUCAAACGCUAA